GAUUUUAGAUAAUGGGCUGUGUGCAAUGUAAGGAUAAAGAAGCAACCAAACUGACUGACGAGAGGGAUGGCAGUUUAACUCAAAGCUCAGGCUACCGCUAUGGGACAGAUCCCACUCCGCAGCACUAUCCGAGCUUUGGUGUGACUUCAAUACCAAACUACAACAAUUUCCAUGCCACAGGAGGCCAAGGACUGACUGUGUUUGGUGGAGUCAAUUCCUCCUCUCAUACAGGGACGUUGCGUACAAGAGGAGGAACAGGUGUAACUCUUUUUGUGGCGCUUUAUGACUAUGAAGCAAGAACAGAAGAUGACUUAAGUUUUCACAAAGGAGAAAAAUUCCAAAUACUUAACAGCUCGGAAGGAGACUGGUGGGAGGCCCGGUCCUUGACAACAGGCGAAACUGGUUACAUUCCCAGUAAUUAUGUGGCUCCAGUCGAUUCCAUCCAAGCAGAGGAGUGGUACUUCGGCAAACUUGGCCGAAAAGAUGCCGAGAGGCAGCUGUUGUCAUUUGGAAACCCCAGAGGUACCUUCCUGAUCCGGGAAAGCGAAACUACCAAAGGUGCCUAUUCCCUGUCUAUUCGAGACUGGGAUGAUAUGAAAGGAGAUCAUGUCAAACAUUAUAAGAUUCGUAAACUUGACAAUGGUGGAUAUUAUAUCACAACUCGGGCACAAUUUGAAACUCUUCAGCAGCUGGUUCAGCAUUAUUCAGAGAAAGCUGAUGGUUUGUGUUUUAACUUAACUGUGAUUGCUACGAAUAAUACCCCACAAACUGUUGGAUUGGCUAAAGAUGCAUGGGAAGUUGCACGUGAUUCAUUAUUUCUGGAACAGAAGCUUGGUCAGGGGUGUUUCGCUGAAGUGUGGCGUGGUACGUGGAAUGGAAAUACUAAAGUGGCUAUCAAGACCCUGAAGCCUGGCACUAUGUCUCCAGAAUCCUUCUUAGAGGAAGCCCAAAUCAUGAAGAAGCUAAAACAUGACAAACUGGUCCAACUUUACGCUGUGGUAUCUGAAGAACCUAUCUAUAUUGUCACGGAGUACAUGAGCAAAGGGAGCUUGUUAGAUUUCUUAAAAGAUGGAGAAGGAAGAGCUUUGAAGUUACCGAAUUUGGUGGACAUGGCGGCCCAGGUGGCUGCAGGAAUGGCGUACAUCGAGCGAAUGAAUUACAUCCACAGAGAUCUGCGGUCGGCAAACAUUCUGGUGGGGAAUGGCCUAAUAUGCAAGAUAGCCGACUUCGGAUUGGCAAGACUGAUUGAAGACAAUGAAUAUACGGCCAGACAAGGUGCAAAGUUUCCCAUUAAAUGGACUGCGCCAGAAGCAGCAUUGUAUGGGAGGUUCACAAUAAAGUCGGAUGUAUGGUCUUUUGGGAUCCUACUGACAGAGCUGGUAACAAAAGGGAGAGUGCCAUAUCCAGGUAAGAAAACAGUCUGA